AUAAGAGUGAACACGCGGUCAUGCUGCGGCACAAAAAAAUUAGAUUUUAUAGGAUACAGCACGAAAAAGGAAUUAAUAUUGUUACAUGUAGCGUUUAUUCUAAUCGAAAUUGAAUAGUUGUUUGUAUAUUUUCAGCAUAUUUCAUCCUAGAUUUCAAAAUGUCUGUAGUUUCAUCUCGAGUUACCAGUGUAUCUUCAAUCCUGAAAGGAUCUGGAGUUAGAACUGCAUUAGUUGGACCACAAAAGAAAAUAUGCUUCAAAUUACCAAGAGAUUUGAAAACAGUGCUCUUAAAUUACGAAAAUGGACGUGAUCGCCAAGCAUAUCAGGAUAUGAUUUGCAUACUUCGUGACUCUAAUGUUAAGGAUCAUGAAUUACUUGAGCUACUUAAAGAUCUCCAAGAAUGUAUGUCGAUGCUUGGAUCUGUUCACUCCCUUUUUAUUGAAGUUAUUCUCAAUAUUAGUUGGAUCAAUCGAGCUCCUGAAGUAACAGCAUGUUUUAAAAAAUUUGUUUUGGAAUUACUGUGCAUGCACAUUUAUCAUUCCAAAUUGGUAAUUAAUAAGCUGAUUUUUAAGUUUAGAUCAACUGAUGAAGGUGCUACACAAUGGAUCAAUGGAAAGUGUCCUGAAAGUUAUAUAGCAAAAAUUGGCCAUAUUCACGAUUUAUUAAAGAAGUUUCUGCAGCUAAUACCAAUGUCAAGUGGUUUAUUAGUUCAGAGCCUUACAUCUAUAUAUCCACACACUUCAGAAGGAAUUUUAGUAACAGAACAAUAUUUGCUUGCUUUAGUUCAUAUAAUGAAUUAUGCACCGCAAUUAAGGAAAGACAUUCUAUGUUUAAUUAUAGACAGGCUUAUUGCUUUAGAUGUGAGUGUACCACCUUCAGAAAUUCAAAAUUUUGAAGAUGGUGAUAUGGAAGAAGAUGAAGAUGAAGCAAUAUUUGAUAUGGAUGAUUCCACUGCUAAAAAUAACGGCAAAAAUACAGUUGAUAUGCAAAUGAAACAUCCAGGUGCACAAAUGUUGGAUAUUUGUAUGGAACAAAUACUGUCAUACAUUCAUAAUUUUUGUUACGUUAACGGUCAACUGCAAAUAGAUCCGUUGAAGAGCAUAUAUAAUGAUUUGUUAUAUGCAUUUGAAAAACUAAUUUUGCCAACAUAUGCCAGUCACCACGUUCAAUUCCUCAUGUUCUACCUUUGUAGUUUUAAAUCAGCAGUUACAGAAGCAUUUGUUAGAUGGUUAUGGCAAAAAGUUUCUAAUCCCAAUGUAGCCCCGAUUCUCAGACAAUCGGCUGUAUUGUAUAUUGCUAGUUUACUAGCAAGAGCGACAUAUGUUACUAUUGGAUUAAUCCAAGGAGUUUUAUCAGAAAUGUCUACAUGGAUACAUAGUUAUAUUAGUUCACAAGAUAGUUUAGAAUGUGCAAACAGUGACGUGCGCGUUCAUGCCGUGUUUUACUCAGUAUGCCAAGCGAUGUUUUAUUUGUUAGCUUUCAGACAUAAGGAUCUAAUGGAUGGGGAAAGAAAUCUGCGAUUCUUAGAAGGACUGAAUCUUAAUAAAAUAGUCACGUGCAGAUUAAACCCAUUGAAAGUCUGUCAAUCAGCAGUUGUGCAAAAUUUUGCGGCUGUUACGAGAAAAUAUCAACUAGCUUACUGUUACACGGUCAUCGAAAGAAAUGCGCGAAGUAAUCUUCCAGUGCAGUACAGUUCAAAUCGUUAUCAAUCGCUGAAUUGGCUGGAUACAUUUUUUCCAUUUGAUCCAUACCGUUUGGUACUCAGUGGACAGAGAAUCACGGAGUUGUAUAACAACAGUCAGACUGCUAUUAGUAACGAAUCACACGUCUCAACUAAUAAAGUUGAAUUCGACGACGACGACUUUAUAGACGAAAACUUUUCAUCUCACAGUUUUGAGGCGCAAAAUCGUUUAGAUAAGUUUUCGUACAGCACGUCACCGGGUUUCAAGUACACGUGAAUAUUAAUAAA